UGGACGUCGUUUAUCUGUGUCGUGACGCGGCGCGCUCAGCGUCGAAGAGAGCGACUGCACGCAGCAGCGCUUGUCGUUCAGCAAGCAUUUCGAGCCAAGCGCGCGCGAGCACGGCUCUGGACGCUUCGGGAUGAAAUCGAAGCACUCUGUCGUCGAACGGCACUCCGAGAAAUGUGGGAGCGGGCAUCCGCCACUGCCAUCCAGGAAUGGUGGCGCCGACGAAAGCGGUUGUGGGCCCGCGCUGCGGCGGUGCGCCUCCAAACGUGGUGGCGCCGACACUUGCUACAGAGGAUAGCUCGUUCCGGGUAA